AUGAAAGCUCGCACAGUUCCAGCCCGCAAGCUGGCACUCGCAUCACCGGUCACACUACAGGCGACACCGAUAUGCUGGCAAUGCCUCCGCAAUGAUUUCCUCCUAGACCAAUACCAGUUUCAAACGCGCAAAUACCACCCCUCUCGACGGAAAGAUGCUUCUCCCUUCGGCGCCGCUGUUUCUGCAGCCCAGACACUCUUCAAGGGCUUGCCCAAAGCUCCUCCUGGCAUAUCGGUCGACCCGCUGAGGAUCGUAGGGAAAGAACUCAAAUUUCUCAGCAAGAACAUCCGCCAGCUGCUUGGGUCGGGUCAUCCCACUCUGGAUAAAGUGGCUAAAUACUACACCCAAAGCGAGGGCAAGCAUAUGCGUCCGCUACUGGUACUGCUCAUGUCCCAGGCAACGGCAUUAACUAUUCCACCGCAGAACCGUUCUGUGUCGGCCACAGACUCCAGCUCGUCUGUGACAGUUAAUGACUCCAUUACAUCUCCUUCCGUACUUGCCGAUACCAAUCCAGACUUCGACCGAUUUACAUCAUCUUCGUCCUCGGCAGCAGGUCAAUACGAUUUCGCCGGCGAUGAGAACAUUCUUCCCUCUCAACGACGACUAGCCGAAAUCACCGAGCUGAUCCAUACUGCCUCCCUUCUCCACGACGAUGUCAUUGACAACGCCGUCACUCGUCGCUCUUCUAAUUCUGCGAACACCCAGUUCGGAAAUAAGAUGGCUGUUUUGGCUGGUGACUUCCUGCUCGGUCGUGCCUCCGUCGCCCUGGCGCGCUUACGUGACCCCGAGGUUACAGAGCUACUGGCUACCGUGAUUGCAAAUCUCGUGGAGGGCGAAUUUAUGCAGCUCAAAAACACAGCUGCCGACGAGAAGAGCCCCGUCUUCACAGACGAGACCAUCUCAUACUACCUCCAGAAAACCUACCUCAAAACCGCCAGUCUGAUCAGCAAAUCGUGCCGCGCAGCCGCCUUACUCGGACACAGCACACCUGAAGUAGUCGAGGCAGCCUAUUCAUACGGCCGCAACCUGGGACUAGCGUUCCAGCUUGUAGACGACAUGCUCGACUACACCGUCAGCGGUGUGGAACUUGGCAAGCCUGCCGGUGCAGACCUUGAACUCGGUCUCGCGACCGCUCCCCUCCUUUUCGCUUGGAAACAGAACCCCGGACUAGGCCCAUUGGUUGGCCGUAAGUUCAGUCAGGAAGGAGACGUGCAAAAGGCCCGCGACCUCGUCUAUCAAACCAACGGUGUCGAACAAACCCGAACUCUAGCCCAAGAAUACGCAGACAAGGCCAUCGCUGCGAUCAGCCCCUUCCCGGAUAGCGAAGCAAAGGCUGGUCUGAUCGAGAUGUGUGUGAAGACAAUGAACCGGAAGAAAUAA